AUGUUAACCCUAACAAAAUUCGUUUCAUUGAAUUGCAUUUUUGUGAUAAUCAGUUUUGCCCUUAUCCAAAGGACAUUUGUAACGGCCGUAAAUGCCACCCUGAAUAAUCGUCCCCGUGAUUUAUUGGCCGACAGUGAUGCCUAUGUGCUGCGCAAUCAAAAACAAUGUUUGCAAUCGCGUAACCUAGUGUCGUGUAUCAAGUACAAAACCUCCAAAAUUGUUUGGAAACUGGCCACAAAUAGUUUGGGUUACUUUCCCAAGGAAUUUGGGCGAGAAUUGUCAGAGGAUAAGCGACGAAUACGGCUGGUGCAACUAAGUGAGCCUGCCAACUUUGUUGUCUUCAGUGAUGCCAGAAGUUUUGAUGGUGACAAUGAACUAACCGCUAUUACAAAAUUUCUCAAAAGGUCGCUGGAGUACUUUGGACGAAACCAUGCCAUACAGAUGACCAUAACAAGUGAUAGCGGAGUAAGGGUUACAUCUAAUGAAAUGGAGCCACGCUUGCAUAAAAAGAAACAACGCAAAUGGAUGAUCCUGCUACCGCUAAUUAUCCUCAUGAAAAUUGCCCAUUUGAAGAUGACAUUGGUUGGUCUCAUCCUUGGUGUGUUGGCUCUAAACAUACUCAUAGUGGGUGGCGGUGGAUGGCUGAUACAUUAUCUCAAAUUCAAGACGUUGUGUAAAAUCCAUCCACAAUUGGUGCAACAUCAUUCUCAUGUCUAUGACUCGGAUCCUGCUGAUUAUUCCCAAUUCGUGGGCAGCAGUUUUCCUAACUCCUACCACGGUUCUUCUGGCUCUAAUCCUCAUGAGGCUGGCGGACAAUACUACUCCAAAGAUUGGAGCACGAGCAAAGCCUAUGAGGGAUACAGUUUUUUGGAUUCCAUCAGUAAACGAAUACAAUAGCUAAGGAUGUCCAUGUAUCGCGUCUUAAGUCGUUAUGGGCGCCGAUAUUUCUCCAAGUUUAUUCGCUUUCUUAUACCAAUAUUUGGUCCAAAUUUGGUGAUUGAUUUUGCUUCACAACUAUUGAAUAUAGCAAGCUCAGCAUCAUUUUAAACGAGCGUUUUCUUGUUGAAAAGAAGGUUUAGUU